AUGGUUUCAGCCUACUACAUAUACGAACAUAUCAAUCGCACCGAUCCUGCAAAGUUGAUUGACCUUUCCACUUGGUGCUUUAACUCGCUCCUGAAUGCUGUCAUCACCAACAAAUACAAGUUCACCAAUGAAACCAAACAUUCGCAUCGCAUGCGGGUUGCAGUCGAUAUGCUUAGGCUUAUGGAUACUCUUGGUGUCAAUGCAGACUUUAAUACAUAUGCUAUAGCUUUGAUUAUUUAUGGCCAACUGGGCGACGUGGUUGCGCUCGACAAGACGUAUAGUCUCAUAUGCGAUCGUGGCUACAAUGUCAAUACCACUUUCAUUAUUUCUCGCAUGUGUAAAGCAUAUAUCAUUGGUAAUCGUGAAAAAAAGGGCUUGAUGUACUUUUCUCAACUCUUGAGCAUUGACAACUCUAUACGAACGUACAAUUUUCUUCUAUCCGCCUACUCCAAAGUCAACAACGAAAAUGCCAUAUUAGAAACAAUGAAAAAAAUAACACAGGCUGGAUUAAAACCAAACGCAAUCACCAUAGCCAUUGUCAGUGCAAUGUAUUUGAAAAACGAAAACUACACUGCAGUUCAAGAGUACAUAUCCCGAGCCAGAUCUGAUGGAAUUGAAAUGAAUCAGCGAUUGUUCAACAUUCAGAUGCGUGCUUCAAAUGCCUUGUGCGAUCAUAAGGCUACCUUGUUGUUUCUCAAAGAGAUUUACGCUGCCAAAAUUUUACCGCACACAUCCACCAUAAAUGAAGGGCUUAUUGCUCAUGCUGGUCUAGGCAAUUGGGCAGCAGUUUGGAGCUACUAUCUAACAUUGUGCAAAACCCAUAGCGUGCAUAAAUCCAGUAUGGCUGCAAUAGCUAAAGCCCUAGGACCGUUAAAAGAAAAAAGUAGUCUUUACAAGCUUAAAGAAAUGGUUCGGAGUCAAAGAGUUCCAUUCCGAUCUAUUUUGUUUGAUCUCAUGCUAGGAUACGCCAUCAAGGGAGAUGCAGCAUCUAUAUUUAUUCUUAUCGACCAAUUCCAAACAACAUUUCAAACAGUUCCAUUUGAAGCUUAUCAUUGUGCUAUUCUUGCUCACUACAAUUCAAAAGAUGCAGAUGCUUGUCUGGCGUAUGCGAAAUCACUCGAUGAGAAGAAUCUAGACAUCAAAUUUUCAUUGUGGUACACGGUGUUGCUAUGCAUGAUGAGGUAUAAGCCUGAAAAAGUAGAUUGGGUGAAGGAGCAUAUACAGUUUAAGUAUCCUGAGAUACUGAUUGAGGAUUCACUUGAAAAAGCAAGGAGAUUGAUUGAAAGUGAGGAUGAACGAGAUAUUAAAGUUGUAUUCACGUAA